GAGACCAGCCGAGAGAGAAAAUAAGAGAAAUAAAGGAACCGAAGACCAACAUAUUGAUGGGAAAUGUCGGAAGCAGUUGCUACUGAGGUCAGAGAGGUGGCCUUUUUUGGCCCUACCGGCGGAUGCGCGCUUGCGGCGCUGGAGUUGGCGCUUGGGAGCGGGUGUCGGUGUUCUGCCUGUUUGUCUCCGUGCCCCCCCCCGCUCACCUCCCCCGCACCCUAUCGUGUAUUCCCGCCGGGAAAAUCGACUAACUCACCGUACCCAACCAGUAACCCGUCGUCCCUCCCACCUCCGCAGCCAACUCUCAACUCUAUCGGCGGAAACACUGGAAAACUUGACAAUAAUAGAAGGCACCGUCCAAACUCCCGCUGCCGUCCUCGAUACACUCCGCUCGCAAACGAAUCCCUCCUUCCCCCGGAAGUAUAUAAUCUCGGGGAUCGGCGGAGUGCCAAAGUUCGGCUUUAACCCGUUCCGCCCGACCUUGGAUAAUCCGCACGUAUGCCAGGAAGCCGGCGAGGCUAUUUUAUCCGGACUCCGCCAACUCAAGAGUGGAGUGGCCGAAGGGGAGUGGCGGCAGCCGUUGCUGGCGGUGAUCAGUACUACCGGGUUGGUUCCCGGGGAAUUGCCAUUCGUGAUGAAGCCUUUGUACGGGAUACUUAAGAUUCCGCAUGAGGACAAGGUCAAGAUGGAGGGUGUUGUGACUGGCGCGGAGGAAGGUUUGGUAAGGUGGAUUGUGGCCAGGGCCGGGCUGCUGACGGAUGGGCCGGCUGGAGGUGCGGUGCGCGCGGGGUACGCGGGGAGGAUUAGGAACGGGAGUGGGAAGUGGGGGGAUGUCCAGGGCGUUGCCGUCGGGUAUAGGAUUUCUAGGGGGGAUGUGGGGAGAUGGCUGUUUGAGGAGGUUAUUGGUCAAGAUGGCGGGGAGUGGGUUGGGAGGAAGGUUUGCCUUGUUUAU